GCAGCGGUGCAUGCUGGGAUACAACAUGUCUCCUGUGUCUGUUAGCUAAUGCUAACCUACGGAGCGUCACUGCGAAUACAUUUAGACGUAUGUACGUUGUAGCGUUGUCAAGGUGUCUUCGAUAAUAAACGAUACAGCACUGUUGCCAUGAAACCAACAACAUACCAUCAAAUCAACAAAACAACAGCCUGAGUUCAAAAUGGGGAUGGAGGAUGCUGAGCUAAUGUAAUUCCAACCCCUGUUGUCCCAAAUAAAAAUACUAGUACAACCAAAACAAACGCACUUAUCGCUCUCUGGAACCCGCUUCCCCCUGAGACAACAGGAAAAAAAGUAAAAACGGCACCUCAAAUCAACAAAAGCGGAAUGCAGAGUGUCCAGUUCCAGCUCCAGGAUGGAUGACAAGAGCAGAGGUAGAGAAAAAAAGAAGCGUAAACGCAGCCGUAGUAGAUCGUCCUCUUCCUCCUCGUCGUCGUCGUCGUCCUCCAGUUCGUCGUCGGCUUCGUCUUCAGCGUCCUCUUCUUCAUCGGGAUCGUCGUCACCCUCGUCCAGCAGCAGUCGGAGUAGCUCCAGAAGCAGCGACUCCCGCAGUAAGUCCAGAAAGCAAUCAAAGAAAAGGAAAAAGGACAAACCCAAAAAGCACAAGGGGAGGAAAGAAAAGCGACAUAAACGUAAAAAGGAAAAGAAAUCCAAAGGCGGCGAAGAAGAUUCUGGGCCGGUUCAGAUAUCCAAGUACUUGAAGGAAAGGAAGAAAGGGAGGAAGUACAGCAUGAUUUCAGGAAAGAAGAUAAAGAUGAAAGUAAAGAAGUCAAAAAAAGAUAAACAGCGGGACAAAAAUCGAGCUGAACUUCUGGAGUUCUUGAACUCGACCUUGUGAUUCCCCGAGUGGACAGAACAGCCGACCUCAGGAAACUACAAGCGAGCUGUCCAGGGGAAGAAAUGUAAAUAAAGGUUCAUGUCAAACCAGGGCACACCUUUAAGCAGGGUACACACAUACCCAUGUUUAACAUCUUAACUGACUUUUUAAAUGAGAGAGACCCCAUGCAUGGCGAGAAGAAAAAAAACAAAAACUUGGGAAGUGUGUGCUGACUGAACAGAACACCGCACGCAUAACCGGAUCUCCAACGACAAUUGCGAGUCUCCUCUCUCGAUGCAGAUGUUUGUUGUUGUACCAUGACUGACCUAUGUGAGGCACCGUGGUGCAGACGAAGAAGAAGAAGAAGAAGAAAGAGUCCCAGUAGAAGAAAUAGAAGAAGCUAGGCUAACUUGUAACUAAAUUGCCGUUGCAAGCUCUUCUUCUCAUUUUUAGUCGUGGUGAUGUCUUCUGGGACACAUGAUACAAACACUCAACACAACUAAACAAAAAUCCUUUAAAAAACACCCCCACGCCAAAGGAUGGUCUUCCAGACACCUUUGCUGACUUGGAUUUGAAAUGGGUAAAAGUGCAAAAAUGUGUCCUGAUUAUCAGUAUGUGUGUACCCCGCUUUAGAGGGACAACGUGCAGCACAGUAAGCUGAAUUCAGACCAAAUUGAGGAGCGGCGUCAUCACACAACAUUGAUGUUGCUGGUUAUGGCCAUUAUGAACAUUUGGUACACCGGCACAAUGUAAUGGGAUCCAAUACAAAAAAAUAAAAA